CACAAAAUACAGUCCUCCUCCACUGGCUUGAGGGUUUUUCUUCUCCCGCAAGCGGGCAAGCGGCGACCUCGAACAACAAUCUCUGCUAUGGCGAAUCUCGCAUCCCGUCGGAGCCUGGCUUCGAUUCUAUCACGAGCGCUCUCAUCUUCUUCUCCAUCCACUUCAUCCCCCUCGCUAUCUUCCCGUUCUCGCUUCGCUUUUUUGUCUCUUCUCGACGAAUCCUCUCCGGCGCGGCUGCCGCCGCAGACGUUCAAUGUCCCCGCCCGAUUCAAGACUUCCCGGUCCGGUUACUCGCCGCUGAACGACGCGUCGCCGAACUGGAGCAACCGCCCGCCCAAGGAGACGAUCAUGCUCGACGGAUGCGACUACGAGCACUGGUUAAUCGUGAUGGAGUUUCCCAACGACCCAAAACUUUCCGAGGAAGAGAUGAUUAAUUCCUAUGUCAAUACCCUCGCCGCCAUCGUCGGAAGUGAGGAAGAGGCGAAGAAGAAGAUUUAUUCGGUUGCUACCAAGACUUACACUGGAUUUGGCGCUCUGAUCUCCGAAGAGCUCUCCUACAAAGCUAAAGAAUUGCCUGGAGUACUGUGGGUUCUCCCAGAUUCAUACCUUGAUGUUCCUAACAAAGAUUAUGGAGGCGAUCUUUUCGUGGAUGGGAAGGUGAUACACAGGCCGCAGUAUUGGUUCACUGAAAGUCAGAACAGUAGGCACAACAGGCCUCGACCACGGUAUGAUCGUCGGAGGGAGACAAUGCAGGUUAGGAGAGAUCCUAUGCCAACGUCGCAGCUACCACCAUCUAUCGGAGCUGGCCAGAACCAAUCUCCAUCGCAAAAUGCUGGCUUCUCCGUGAAUCAGCAGCAGCAGCAGCUGCUGCCGCAAGGGCAGCAGUUUAACCAAACCAGGUCUUGAGGGGAACUAUUUGCUUCACAAACCAUAGCUUCAUAGGGGUCGUUUGCUUCAUGGAUUUAAAAAUGAGGGUUUUGUAAUUUAAAAACCCAAGGAUUUAUCAAGGAUUUGAGGCAUCAUGGAUUUGUAACAAUCCUUUGUUUGUUGGGAUGUUUUUAUCAUGGAUUUAAAGGUGUGGGAUUUACUACUUGAAUUCAAAAAUUACAUUACUGCCCUUUUCUAUACGUUUGACAUGUUUAUGAUAUGUACACAAAACAAGGACAAAACUUCAAAAUUACCUUACUAUCAUUUUCUAUAUGUUUGACAUGUUUAUGAUAUGUACACAAAACAAGGACAAUACAUACUAAUAAGCAUAAUGUUGCCACAUGGACAAUAAUAAUAAACGAGAAAAUUCCGUUUUAACUUUUAACGUAACAUAAUCAAUUACCAAUUCUUUGUCAUCCUUUUCAAAAGUGACAUAUAACAACAUAUAUUAGAAUCGGGAGAACAGAGAAUUACACGUUCCAUGAAAAUGUCAAAGAAAACUAGAACACAAGAAAUGAUAUAAAAAAUCUAACUCAUGUUUGCACAUUAAUUGAACGUUUAUAUUAUUCAUUUAUUGUUAAUUAUAAUGUAUAAUAGUUAAAUUUGAGGGCAACCUUGGAAUAUUAAAAGUGCAUGAGGAUAUAUGGGUAAAAUCUCAUCAAGGAUUUAUGCCAUAUUCCAAAUCCCACAUCAACAUGUGGGAUUUAUAAGUCCGUGGGGUCCACGGAUUUGGACCAUUAAAAUCCGUGGGCCCCACGGAUUUGGUCUCCAAAAAAGGUGCAAACAAACAAAGGAUUGUACCUAAAUCCUUGAUAGUUGGUUUUUUGGUACCAAAUCCAUGUACCAAAUCCUUGAAGCAAACGACCCCAUAGUUUCAAUGGGGGGUUUGACUGUUCUUUGUAGUCUGCAACUUAGUGUUUGAAACUUGGAGUCCAAAUUCGAAAGUUUCGAUCCUUGUAAUGGUCUUAUUAUGGUCAAUAGUCUAGGUAUGCUUGUUAAUACAUUGAUUACAUUCAAGCUGAAUGCAAAUCAAGAGAGUGGCAAUCUUUAGCUUUGAGUUUGAAACUCAUGAAUCAUCUUUCAAGCCAAGGAACCAUUUCAAAACAGAGCCUCUUUCAUUGCUAGUGUUGUCAUAGUUCUAUUAUUCUUACGUCAGUCACUUGUAUUUUCUUGUGUUUGUGAAAUCGCAUUAGAGAUUGCAUCUUAAUAUUAGAGACCGAACCGAACCAUGAAAUUGUUCUAAUACAAGUUUGAGAAAGUUGUAUACAACACCAUACCAUGCUUCUAAAUUAUCUAAAAAAAUGCUCUUACAUCU